UUAUAUCCAUGGUAGUGAAAGCAAGCAAGCAACCGAAGAGGUGGACAAGUAUUACGUAGCAGCGUUUCAGAUUUGGUGGGGGAGAAAUUAAAAUACAAUACUGCACGAUCGAGAGGGGAGAGAAAUAGCACGAGACACUACGGAUUUCUGAUUAUGUCAAACUUUUGAGCUUUACUUAUGCAAGAUGGUAACGGCGGAUUUGGAUUUAAAAACGACUCUAAAAGUGUUUAGUACACAAUUCAACAAGUUGGAAACCGAUUGUUUGGUCAGAAUGCGGACACCAGCUCAUAAUUGUGUAUCUGUGAUAUUACAACAGUGUAAGUGUUCAUUAGAGUGAUGUGUAGUAAGAAAACACAGAAACUGAAAUCCAUUCUUCAGGAUUAUGAAAUGUGUUUCAUUGCAUAACAGAAGUUCCUUUCGACGCAACACAGAUGCAAAUGUUAAUGGUGCUAGUUUUUGGAAAUGACUUACUUUCCCCACAUACACAGGUGUGCCGUCUCUCGUACAUUGACCGAAUGUUCAGAUCCUGUGUUCAGGUUUUUCAUUCCAAUUAUGUGCUAAGAACAACUAAAUGAAAUCAUGCGAUUUGAUGGAACAUUUUUGUUCGAGCAUCUUUCCUUUUGUUCAGUUUCAACAUCAUAUUGUUCUGCCAUUAGAUCUGUGACAAUGGUUUAAACGUUUUUGAAUCAUGCAGAAGACUGCUUGGUAGUGAAUGUUUCUUGGCCUCCUGACAUGUUUAAUGUGUUAUGACAUCAAAAUGGCAGCGAAGGAAAGUACAACAUUUCCAUCAGCUUCUACAAGAUUUCAAUCUGGUUAUAACAAUAAGAAGAAAAUGUGUAGUGAGACAUCCCGAGGAUCCAAGAAGACCUGAUAAGAUUGUGCAGUGAUCUUCUUAUCUAUGGAAUUGUUUGGAGGAUUUUACACCAAUUUCCAGCACAAAACAAAAGACUGACUGGCAACGCCAGACAAUGUUUGACAGCAGCGGUCUUCUGACCCUGCACUAUGGCAAGCAUCAUACUACUCUGAUCGACGAGAUCCGUGCUUGGUUUGAUGGCGAAUGCUUUGCUGAUGUUGCACUUGUGUGUGAGGGGAAAGAAACAUUAAGGGCACAUCGUCUUGUUUUGGCAUCAUCCAGUCCUCUUAUCAAGCAGGUUCUUCAAGAGACUCCGUCUGCUGAGAGCCCAGUCAUCAUCCAGUUCCCUGGUGUGCGUGCCGCAGAUAUGAGGCUGUUGCUGGAUUUCCUGUACACUGGCCAGGCUUAUGUUCACUCACGUGAUGUUGAUGGUUUACGUGAACUUAUCCAGCUUCUUCAGAUCAAAUCUGACUUCCUGGAUGAAAAACAGUCAGAACCUCAUGCAGCGCAGUCACAAGAAAAAGAAUCUCAAAGACAAUGUGAAGCCCAGCUUAGUGAAAGUUCCACAAACUCUGAACCUAAUGGCAGGGAAGUAUCAGGGAAAGUCAUAAGGGACGGUGAUAAACAGCAAAGUACAGAUGAGAUCUUAAGUGAGUGCGGUGGUUCCACGGACAAGUGCGAUGCUAAAAUUGGGGUUCAGGAAUUUCCAUUGGCAGCAGUGACAGUGAAGAAAGAAAUUCCAGAAGAAGGCGACGAGACAGAGGAUGGCGAAAGAGAUAUGAGGGGUGAAGAUAACAUUCAGGAUAAAGUGCGACAGCAGAGGUUCAUACCGGUCAGGAGACGUAGUUCACUGAAUCCAGUGAACCUCUCACUGUCUAAUCCUGAGCACAGCAGUGACUCGCCACCAUCUCCAAGUCGUGUUAGAAGUGCAGAUGUAGGCGAGCAUAGUGAGUUGCAUGGUGAUGCGUCAGAUAGAGACACAGUCACAAAGCCUUCAAGGCGUAAGAAGCCAACAGGUGUCCAUAUUGUCAGAGACUUCCCACUAGGGACUGAAAGUGAUGAGAGACAGCAACCCCUUGAUAAGACCCUGACAUCUCUUCUUCCACUCGAUAUUCCCCACCUUCACCAUCGAACCAAGAGAAAGCCACACUUCACCAGUUUAUAUUCUGACCCAGAACCAGAGAGUAAACUGUUGCAGACAUCACCUGACAACUAUGUGGUCACUCCACAUCGUAAACGUCGCCCAGGCUUUCACAACUCCCCUGCGCAGAACCCACCAUUUGUUCCUUUGUGUCCAUCCUAUAUUGAUGAUAUCCCGGCUUCACAUCGUGGCCGUGGUCCUCCCAGCCACCUAUCUCUCCCAUUGGCUGCCUCAUCAGCACCACAAUACCUCGAUCGUCCCGCCUCUUCACCAGGAACCAGAGAUCUAACUUCCCCACAACAACAUGGCCCUGAAGAAGUCAAGUACCGACCACCCAGUGGAGACGGCAGCUUGUCAAGCUCAGCUGAGUUCGGAGCAAGAGAAAUAGCAGCAGGAUGGGGUCCUUGGGCAAUUUGUCAAGCCCAGGUAAAUCCAGGUGGGGGGGAAACACUCAGCGGCGAAGGUGGCUCAGCAACGUCCUUGGCACCUGGGAAAGCCCCGCCAGUUAGAGAAUAUCGUUGUGAGUACUGCGGUAAACAGUUCGGCAUGAGCUGGAACCUCAAGACACAUUUACGCGUGCAUACUGGUGAAAAACCAUUUGCGUGUCGAUUGUGUGUGGCCAUGUUCAAGCAGAAAGCACACUUAUUGAAACAUCUAUGCUCGGUGCAUCGAAAUGUAAUCAGCGAAGGAGGUGAAGGUCGGUUUAACUGCUGUUUCUGUGAAGUUGCAUUUGAAAGUUUGCAGGAGCUAAUUAGACAUUUAUCAGGUCCACACAACAAUCUUCUGCUCAGCAAGAAUUUGCAAUGAUGCGUUACAUUCAACAUGUUGUGUCUGCAUAGGUACAGAGUGGGCUAGAAGUCACAACUGCGACACAUACAGCACAAUCAGAAAGUUGUGCAACCCAACAGAGAUAUAUAUAUUUUUUUGUUAUUUAUUUAUUUAUUUUUGGUCUAUUCAAUGACAGCAUUGUCAAAUGAUAAGGUGAAUAAUGAAU